CUAGUCAGCUCAGAUUCUAAAAUACAAAUUUCUAUAUAUUUAGUAUAAUUUUUAAAGGGAUAAGCCAAUAGUUUCUAAAAGAACAAUUUCUACUGACAUUCAGCAGCACUGACAACAGCUGACCUGCUUCUUCAUUCCAUGCGCCUUUGUUAUCAAAUUCGGACUGACAGUGAUUUAUCCACUGAUACCGCACUUGAACAGCAAUGGGACGAUUACUUCUGGAGCACACGCUGCAAGGCCAUAAAGGACGCAUUUGGGGUGUGGCAUGGCAUCCUAAGGGAAACGUAUUUGCCUCCUGUGGCGAGGACAAAGCCAUUCGCAUUUGGUCGCUGAAUGGGAGCACUUGGACCACCAAGACUAUUCUUUCCGACGGCCACAAGCGCACUAUUCGCGAAAUCCGGUGGUCCCCAUGUGGUCAGUACUUGGCCUCGGCCAGCUUUGAUGCCACCACAGCGAUCUGGUCGAAAUCUUCGGGAGAAUUUGAAUGCAACGCCACCCUGGAGGGUCACGAAAACGAGGUGAAGAGCGUUAGCUGGUCGCGAACUGGCACGUUUCUGGCGACCUGUUCGCGUGACAAAUCCGUGUGGAUCUGGGAGGUGGCCGGCGACGAUGAGUUCGAAUGCGCCGCCGUUCUGAAUGCGCACACACAGGACGUAAAGCGAGUGGUUUGGCAUCCGACUAAAGAGAUCCUGGCCUCCUCAUCGUACGACAAUACCAUAAAAAUGUUCGCCGAGGACCCGAUAGAUGACGACUGGGACUGCACGGCAACGCUAUCUUCCCAUACGAGCACGGUUUGGAGCAUUGACUUUGAUGUAGAUGGCGAGCGUCUAGUUUCGUGCAGCGAUGAUGCGACAAUAAAGAUCUGGCGGGCAUACCAUCCAGGCAAUUCAGCCGGAGUGGCUACACCCGAAAAGCAGACAGUGUGGAAGUGCGUCUGCACCCUGUCCGGCCAGCAUUCGCGAGCUAUCUACGACGUCUCCUGGUGCAAGCUCACAGGUAUGAUAGCCAGUGCCUGCGGCGACGAUGGCAUCCGCAUUUUCAAGGAAACCAUCGAGUCCAAACCAGAUGAACCCACGUUCGAGCAACUAACGUCGGAGGAAGGUGCACACGAUCAAGAUGUAAAUUCCGUACAGUGGAAUCCUGUAGUGCCUGGGCAGCUAAUCUCCUGCAGCGAUGACGGCACCAUUAAGAUUUGGAAAGUGACCGAGUAGCAUACCAAUGUUUUUUACAUUUAAGUGGUAUAUGUAUUUAAAUAAUAAUGGAACAUGAUUUGUGUACAGUUUCUGCAUAAAAAUUAAAGAAUAUAAAUGACA